AUGGCGUGCUUAGCGCUGCUACUCUGCCGGUUGUGCGCAGGACUCGCGAUGACUGCGUUUAUCGCUGACACCGUGAGGAGUCCUGCAGUGCAACAGGCACUGAGAAACCGUUUUCCGGGAGCAGCCGGAGAGACGGCGUCGGACUGCGCGAGACUGGCGACUCUUACACUAGCAUUCGGGAUUUGGUUUGUCGCCCAGUCCGUCGACAUCGUCAUGUUUAUGGCGGUGGAGUUUCAGGAACAGCAGACGCCACCGGAAGUCCGAUAG